GGGGUUGGGGCUGUCAGGCGGGCGGGGCCGCCUAGUACCCUGGAGGGGCCGAUCUUCUCGCGCUGCAGAGCCUCCUCUCCCACCUCUCUCCUUCCGGGGUUUGGCAUCCCUCGGGGAGCAAGAAGCCCCCUCCAGCCCUGACAGCGGGCUGGGCAGGCGGUGCGGUCGGGCCCGGGGGCGGAUGCUCGCGGGUGGGCCGGGCCGGCCGGCUGCGGGGGAGGCGGGCUGCGUUAUUUCCCGCUAGGGCCAGACUCCGGGAGGGACUGGCCUGCACCGUGCUCUUGGCCCCAGCCAGCGCGCGCCGCCCCUCGGGCAGGGCCUGGAGGCGAGCGAGGCGGCGGCGCGGCAUUCCGGGCCUCGGGCCGGGCUCGUGAGCGGGCCGGGGCCGGAGCCGGGCCGACGCCCCAGCGGCGCCUCUCCCACGCUCGCGGCCCCUCCCCCUCCCUUCCUUCCUUCCCCUCGGAUCUCCCGGGAGCGGCGGGCGGACGCGAGCCGCGGCGGGCGCCCGAGCUUUGUGCGCGCCCGCGGGCCCGGGGCGAGCUUCGGGCGGCCCAACUUGGCGGCGGCCGGCGGGCUCCCGGGAGGGAGUUGUGAGGCGUGGCCGGGUGGAGGAGGCGCCUGGGGGGGCGUGGGGCUCCCCGGCGAGCGGGAGGGACAGAGCGAGGCGCGCCGGACAAUGAGCUGGGCAGCUCGGCGCUGCGGCCACUUUUAGGGGAGCGCGGGCCGGCCGGCGCCUCCGCGGCUCCACCUGCGAGGAGAGGGCGGGAUGCCAGAGCUGGGUGACCCGGCGCUCUGAGGCUGCUCGCAGUUAGACGUCCCUGAGCCGGUGCUCGCCUUGACCCUGGGCUACCUGCAGGCUUUGGCUGGGACGUGUUUCGUGGGGGCGCCCCUGGAGCAGCCGUGAUGGCCAGCACCAGGAGUAUCGAGCUGGAACACUUUGAGGAACGGGACAAAAGGCCGCGGCCGGGGUCGCGGAGAGGGGCGCCCAGCUCCUCCGGGGGCAGCAGCAGCUCCGGCCCCAAGGGGAACGGGCUCAUCCCCAGCCCGGCGCACAGUGCCCACUGCAGCUUCUACCGUACGCGGACCCUGCAGGCCCUGAGUUCGGAGAAGAAGGCCAAGAAGGCGCGCUUCUACCGGAAUGGGGACCGCUACUUCAAGGGCCUGGUGUUUGCCAUCUCCGGCGACCGCUUCCGGUCCUUCGAUGCGCUGCUUAUGGAGCUCACCCGCUCCCUGUCGGACAACGUGAACCUGCCCCAGGGUGUCCGCACCAUCUACACCAUCGAUGGCAGCCGGAAGGUCACCAGCCUGGACGAGCUGCUGGAAGGUGAGAGUUACGUGUGUGCGUCGAAUGAACCGUUUCGUAAAGUUGAUUACACCAAAAACAUUAAUCCAAACUGGUCUGUGAACAUCAAGGGUGGGACCACCCGAGCCGUGGCUGCCCCCUCCUCAGUGAAGAGUGAAGUGAAGGAAAGUAAAGAUUUCAUCAAACCCAAAUUAGUGACUGUGAUUCGAAGUGGAGUGAAGCCUAGAAAAGCAGUGCGGAUCCUUCUGAAUAAGAAGACUGCUCAUUCCUUCGAACAGGUCUUAACAGAUAUCACCGAAGCCAUUAAACUGGACUCAGGAGUGGUGAAGAGGCUCUGCACGCUGGACGGGAAGCAGGUUACUUGUCUGCAAGACUUUUUUGGUGAUGAUGAUGUUUUUAUUGCAUGUGGACCUGAAAAAUUCCGUUACGCCCAAGAUGACUUUGUCCUGGAUCACAGUGAAUGCCGUGUCUUGAAGUCAUCUUAUUCUCGCUCCUCAGCUGUUAAGUAUUCUGGAUCCAAGAGCCCUGGGCCUUCUCGACGCAGCAAAUCACCAGCUUCAGUAAAGAGGGGUGGCCACUACUCCAGGGCCUACUCUACGGCCAAAUCCCCAGUUAAUGGAACUCCCAGCAGCCAGCUUUCCACUCCUAAAUCUACGAAAUCCUCCAGUUCCUCUCCAACUAGCCCAGGAAGUUUCAGAGGAUUAAAGCAGAUUUCUGCACAUGGCCGAUCUUCUUCCAAUGUAAAUGGCGGGCCUGAACUUGAUCGUUGCAUGAGUCCUGAAGGUGUGAAUGGAAACAGGUGCUCUGAAUCGUCAACUCUUCUUGAGAAGUACAAAAUCGGGAAGGUUAUUGGUGAUGGCAACUUUGCAGUAGUCAAAGAGUGCAUGGACCGGUCCACAGGAAAGGAGUUUGCCCUAAAGAUUAUAGACAAAGCCAAAUGUUGUGGAAAGGAGCAUCUGAUUGAGAACGAAGUGUCGAUACUGCGCAGAGUGAAGCAUCCAAAUAUCAUCAUGCUGGUUGAGGAGAUGGAAACAGCUACUGAGCUUUUUCUGGUGAUGGAAUUGGUCAAAGGUGGAGAUCUCUUUGAUGCAAUUACUUCUUCAACCAAGUACACUGAGAGAGAUGGCAGUGCCAUGGUGUACAACCUGGCCAACGCCCUCAGGUACCUCCAUGCCCUCAGCAUUGUGCACAGAGACAUCAAGCCAGAGAACCUCUUGGUGUGUGAAUAUCCUGAUGGGACCAAGUCUUUGAAACUGGGAGACUUCGGGCUGGCCACUGUGGUAGAAGGCCCUUUAUACACAGUCUGUGGCACCCCGACUUAUGUGGCCCCAGAAAUCAUUGCUGAAACCGGCUAUGGCCUGAAGGUGGACAUUUGGGCAGCUGGCGUGAUCACGUACAUACUGCUCUGUGGAUUCCCACCCUUCCGAAGUGAGAACAAUCUCCAGGAAGAUCUCUUCGACCAGAUCUUGGCUGGGAAGCUAGAGUUUCCGGCCCCCUACUGGGACAACAUCACAGACUCAGCCAAGGAAUUAAUCAGUCAAAUGCUUCAGGUAAACGUUGAAGCGCGGUGCACUGCGGGACAGAUCCUGAGUCACCCCUGGGUAUCAGACGAUGCCUCCCAGGAGAAUAAUAUGCAGGCUGAAGUAACAGGUAAACUCAAACAGCACUUUAAUAACGCGCUCCCCAAACAGAACAGCACCACCACCGGGGUCUCCGUUAUCAUGAACACGGCUCUAGAUAAGGAGGGCCAGAUCUUCGGCAGCAAGCUCGGCGCGGACGGCAGCCGGCCCGGCCUGGAGCCCGCUGCCCCGGAGCCCGCUGCCCCGGAGCCCCCUGCCCCGGAGCCCUCUGCGUCCCCGGAGUCGCCCCCGCGCUCUCCUGCGGCCGCCGCCGCGGAGUGCGAGCGGGCGGGGACCUGGCGCCGCCACCGCGACUGACCGGCUGCCGCCGCCGCCCGCAUCGCUGCCCGCACCGCGCAUCGCAUCGCAUCGCAUCGCCGGGGUGGAGAGCGCGCGCCUCCAGGGCCACCGCUUCCCGCGCGCUCCGCUCGGGUCCUGGAGGGGCCUGUGCGCGUCGCCUUCGGGGACAGGUCCUCGGAGUGGCUUCGUUUAAAUUCUCUGUCUUCUCAGUUCAGUGGACAUUUGACGGCGUCACCAGGAGAAUGUGCAACUUUUAUCUGACAUUGAGCGCAUUUUUAUAGAAACACUUUGGAUGCACCAAGAUCUCUCUCUUAUUUAAGUAAACUCAGGAGGGCUCCCUUUUUCUUACAAGCAACUCAGAACUGCGUCUGUCCCUUUGUGGGCGCCCUUCCUCUGCUGACGGGGGUCGGGGGCUGGCUUCCCGCGCAAGGCUCGGAGCCCGAGCGGACACGCUGGUCCCGGUACUCCGCCCAGCCUCGGGGGCUCGUCUAGGACGACACUGGCUCUGGACUUGUGUGCAGACCGCAGGGAAGGCCGUUUCUUCCCUCGAAGUUGUGUUUCCCUGACUCUUCCCACGACCGUAUUAGGAAAUGCUGACGACCUUGUCCUUGGGGCUUUUUAACGAGAGGCAUGGUGCAUGCCGAGUCGCCGGGGCGCUUCCUUCUCCAGGUCCGGCUGCGGGCAGAGCAGGACCAACCAGCGGCCCCAGGAGCCGCCGGAGCCUCCCUUCUCCAUCUGCUUUUCGUCUGCAGCGGCGGCAACAACCCCCAGGGAGCGCGGGGCGCAGUGGGGACUGGGCGGGAAGGUGCCUGCAGAUAUCCUCUGUUACUAACCUUCUGGAAGGCUGCUGGCAGUUUUUCCUUCUUUUCCACCACCCUGCUCUUUUUUAAUGAUUGUAUAUAAUCAGUGAAUUUGUUUUACCUGCUCAUCUUCUAAACGGGUGGGCCUGUAGUUCAUUCUCAUUGUUAGACUUUUGCCGCCUACAAGUGUAUCCAAUAAACUUUUCCUUCUUGAGAAAUAGCCGUCAGGGUGGGUAGAGGUUCCUGCGUGGUGGUUUUGCAAAGAGUGUGUGGUCAAAGCAACACCUCCCCGGCCCAGGUUCUGGCUGGUGCCGGUGUUUGUUUUUGUCUCGGGGUCGCAACGGGGAAGAGAGGUGCUUGGGAAGAACACACGGAGGUGCACCUGGAAGUGUGUUUGAUUACAGGUGCAGAAACUCACAAAAGCUCAAAAACGAAUAGAGAUUAUUAGUGUACAACAGAGGACUUCGAUGGAACCAGAGACAGGAAGGUCAGGCUUUAUAGGAAAUGGGGAGCUGGGGCAGCUGUUCUCGUCUGUCUGUGUCUGUCUCAGAGACUGUGCCGUCUCCUGUCUCUGCUUCUUUCAUUGCGUUUUGGCUCUUGGUUUCUGUUCCCUCAUAACGUCUGCUUGCCUGGGCUCUGGCUUAGCCUGCAACUGCUUCUGUCCCCAGCUUCGCAAGGCUGUACAGCUCCACGGCUUGAAACCGUAUCUUUCAGCUCUGGUUCUCUUCGUUCACAUUGCUGUGUGAUGAUUUCUCUCUGGGCUGGUGCUGACCUGUGAUCCAAUCCAGAGGCAGGUGACAGGAUGCAGAUGGGCUUCCUGGGCACACAGCUCCAGUGGGUGCAGGCUUCAAGAGAGGGUAUUGAUGGGCAGGUCCAGAACAUUCUGCCUGUCGCUCUUCUCACUGGUUAAAGAGCAAGCUUUUUCAUAGCUUCCAAUAGAAAAAUGUUUGUUAAUGGCAGCGAAGCGCUAAUGUCAAAGAAAGAGGAGAAAAAUGAGGAUAGUGAAAAUGAAAAUGGAAGAAUGACGGAGCGAGGCCUUUAGUGUACUGAUUGGAGCCUGAAACUCGACCCCGUCUCUCAAACUGCAAGGUUCAAAGACGUUUGCUAAAGACUUAAGAAAAUAUAUGGCCAGGGCAGUGCCAGUCACUGGCGACAGGAGCUGGAGCACCUUCUGUCCCGCACAUGCUCCCACGUUCUGUGGCACCCUUGGGUGGCCUGGAGACAGGAGUAGGCUGAGCUGGGUGUGGCACCGUGGCCUAGCAGUGGCCAAGCAGUUCUUUAGUAAUGAAUCCCACAAACACCUACAGUGUUAAGCGGUGGUAAAGGAACAAGCCCAGAAGUCAGGUGACAUAACCCGGGUCAUAGAACUGGCAGGAGGCAGAGCCAUGAUGUGGUUUCAGAUUCCGCGGACAUCAAACCUGUGCUCUUUUGAAGGCAGCCUGUUGUCCAGGGUAAAUCAAGGCCUGGACAUGAGUGGUCAUCUAGAUGAAGAUCCUAACUAAAGGCUCCGACACCACAGCAAAUUGUUCAUUCACCCACACAUUUAGCAAACGUUAUUGAGCUCUUAUUCUGGUCUCAGGAUCCAAAUUAAAUAGAGGUCCUUUAUUGCUGGGUUCCUCCGCUCCCGCACUGAGAGAGAGGCAUGUGCUUGGUUUAUGUUCAUCCCCUUAUUCCAGCAGGGGAGCCAUGUCUACAGAAGUUGACCUUUGAAUAGAGCAAGGGAAGCAGUGACCUGCCAAAGCCAUCGCGGGCUGCCUGCUGGGCCCAGCCAAGAGUCAGCGGGAGUCUGUCUCUCUUUCUUCAAAAAGGUUGCCGUGACGUGAAAGUACAUGGAAUAUACAGAUGGAAGCAUUUGGCGUAACUCCCCCAGAAUAUCUGCAUGAAUAAGAUUGUGAAACGUGAAUCAGGAGAUGGGGGACGGUUCAGAACAGAUAAACCAUAUUGAAAGAAGAGUGCUGGGUAGUGAUGCUGUCUUGGAGGAGGACUUUUAGGGCAGUUUGCCAUCCCAUGGAAAUACAAUGUAAGCCACAUAAUUUAACAUUUUCUGGUACCAUAUUAAAAAAAUCUAAAAAGGAACAGGUGAAAUUAUAGUAUAGUUUAACCCAAUAUAUCUAAAUACAUCCCUUUAAAGUAUUAUUUCAACAUGUGAUCAAUGUAAAAAAAAAAUCAUUGGGAUACUUUACCUUACUUCUUUGUCCUAAGUCUUUGAAACCUGGUGUGUAUUGACAUGUAUGGCACAUCUCAGGUUGGACCAGGCACAGUUCAAGCGUUUAGUAGCCUCGUGUUGCUCCGCCUGCCAAGCUGGACAGUGCAGCUCUAAAGAAAGGCCACAGCACUCGGUUUCCUUGUUCUGUUUAGUUUUGCAUAUGAUGUGGAUGACAAUGCAGAAGGAACCCUUAUCCAGUGUUUUAAAUGGGAUGGACUGAUUUAAGACGAUCUCAGCAGGUUAGAGCACCGAUCCAAACCUGAGAUGUGAAAUCAAAGCGCGAAGUCCUGUGAUUCAGUGGCCAAGGCCUUGGCGUUCACUGCUUCACGGGAAAGAUCUGGGAGGGGAGAAGUGCAAAGAGCAUCACGUCAUUAGGCGCCAACAGAACUGCUUAAAGGUUAGCAUAACCUUAAGCUGCAUCCUGAAAAGUCCGUGCAGGUCGUGGGCAGCGUGAGUCGAGCCUCCCAGGUACGGCUCUGCACUGGGGCCUCGGGGUGUGUGGUGCAGGUGAAGCAACCAUCGCCCAAAAGAAGGCAGCCAGGGUGGCGAGGGGUUUAAAGCCCUGGGAGCCAAGGACUGGUGGAGAAGCGGUCAGGUGUUGCUUAGGAAAACCCAGAGGCACCUCCGCCUGAUGUGUGGCUUCACAGUGAACUGCUCUGUGGCAGGGGCUGCAGACUUCUUUUGGGCGCUCUGGGUGGUGGCCCGAGGUCAGUGGGUAGGAGGCAUGAGGGUCAGGUGUGAACGCAGCGUCGCAGGAGCAGCCCGGUGACAGAAUUCGCUGCUUUCUAAAGGAGCGAUUGUCUAGUUCUGGGAAAUGCCUAGGUGCUAAAUAAUAACAAAAGCUCACAGUUUGUACAGAGUUAUCUCACACUGUCUUGUUUGAGCCACACCACAGCCCUGAGAGAACAGCUAACAUCCCUGUUCAGCAAAUGAGGAAACUCAGAUGGGUCUCGAGCUGAUGGAGCCUGGACAUGCCUCUCCCGGCCCCGGGGCAGGUGUCCUGGGAGCUGCUGUGCCCCUCCAGGUGGUCAGGGAUGCUUUAGGGGUAGCGUCUGUGUCCUAAGGUGGAGGUGGGAUGGGCUGGGGAAGACACCUGACAAAGUGGUAGAAAAUCGAGGCGGCUAAGAAGUUCCCAGGGCAGGGGCGUGUGAGUUCUUUUAGAUGAAGGAAGGCAGUAGUCUCUCUGAGGGAGGCGGAUGUGUGCAACUUUGGUUAGUCUUGGCCAAUGGAUUUUAAGGGGCUAUUGAACUCAGUGGGGGUGUGUUACCAUCGUCGAGCAGCUGAGCGGAAGAAAAAGGUAUUUGGUACAGAGACUGACCUGCUCGUGCCAUACUCCUCAAACAGAAGCCUCCUUCAUUUGGGGCAGGGCUGGCAGCAUGGCCUUUGGCGGUCAGGAGGGUUUCAGCCCGAGUCUGAUGGUGUGAGGCUGGGCACCGCCUGUGCUGGCACUAGGGUCAAGCCUGGGGAGUGUCUCUCAGCUGAUCCAAGUCUGAAGCUGCAGCACAGCCAGCUGCUUCUGCCAGGCUCCCCCAGAAUCUUGGUUUUGGCAAGGAAAAAUAUUCCUGAACUUGAGACAGGAAAAUGAUUCACUGCAUAUUUCUGGCACGUGACUGCCGUGGAAUUCAGAGGAACAUUUGUAGGUCACCUGCUUCCCUUGCCUGCAGGUCAGACCACCCUGUUCUGUAGAAAGAACGAUGUGAGGCCCUCUGGUUUGAGCAAUCUGCAUUUCUGGCAGGGCAGGGAGUGAUGUGUCAGUGUCAUUCAUCGUAGCCUUGGGCUUUUAUAUGGGGAUCAUGUGAUUUGGGGGACCCAGGAAAUGCAUCACGGACUCUACUUUUCAUAUCUAUUGAAAAGAAAGAUCCAAAAGAUGUUUCUCCCACUCAUCUGAGAGAAAAUAGAAGAGGUAGAAUUAAAAAAUUUUUUUUAAUUUUACUUUUUUGAUAUGCUACUUUAUAUGGUCUUUGCCUUCCCAGCUUCCUUGCUUUUCCCUGCAGUGAUAACUUGAGAUGCCUAUGGAAUUAACAUCAUUACACUUUAUGCUACAGAAAAGGGAGGUAGCAAGGCUGACUGCUCUCCUAGUUGAAGUGGAAAACACUUUCCCUCCGUCUGUGGUGGGGCAGAAAUAGCCAAGUGGAGGCACGGGCGUAUUUGCGGAUACGCAUGGUUUAUGCAGACUUUCAGAUUCACGUCCUCCUCCUCUCUGUGUUUGUGAACAUGCUCUGGCCUAAUGUGAUGUCACGUGAUGAUGUGAGGCUGUGGGGCUGGGCUGGCUGCUCCUCCAUCAUCCAACGCAUGCCGGAAAGUGGCAAAGCUGCUCCAUCAAGCUCAGUGUGGGAUCCUUCCAACUGUUUAAAGACAUUUCUGCUUCCUGAUGUGGAAGGAAUCUGUCCCGGGGCUGCUGGGCUCUUCAACAGUGAUGGAGAGGGGGGUGGGGCUGCUGCAGGAAGGAGAACCAAACCAGGUCAGAGUUCCUGAAAUCGUGUCUGGUAAAAAAGUAUCAAAGAUCCCGAGUGAAAAUCUCUCCCGUGAAAGUCCUAUCUUGGUGGAUCUAAACUGUCAUGUGCCAUUUAAAUUCAGUUAUAUUUGCAGAAAAAGGUGCAAAGCGGACGUGUGGUCUGGCUACAUCCAGAUUCCCUGGCUGUCUGCCAACUCGACCCACGUGACCUCUGCCAUCUCUCUCUGCCCCUCCGACAGCAAGGUGGGAGGACACACGGCCCCAGAUGUGAGGUCAGGCCCCUGGCUGGGCUCUGCUCUCGGAGCUGAAUGGGAAUGGGCAGCCUGGUGGUAAGCUACCGACCUCAUGUGCUAUACCUGGCUUCCGUGGGUCCCAGGCAGGGGACCGUCCCGCAUGCUGACAAGCAGAACUGAAGUGUGGGGUUAUCUCAAGGCAGAAUUGUUCCUUUUCAUUGGAUUCAUUUAUUGGAACAUUUAUUUGUGGCUGUUUGGUCCACUUUGGGAACAAACUUCUCCUGAGUGGACUGUCCACCAGUUCUCAUCCGUGUGCCUCUCAGGUUUUCAUGUUCUCUCUGCUCUAAGCCCUCAUAUGCUUUCUCCUAGAGAUCCAGCGGUAUUUCUUAAAUUAGAGCCUCACGGACUUGACCGAUGAUGUUUCCGUCAGAAUCCACACCAUCGGUGAGGGAAACCUUACUUUCCCGAGGCAGAGUGCAUGCUAACACUCCACGCUCUCAGCCGCACCACCUACUGAACGUGCCGCCGUGGCUCCUGGCUGUUGUAGGUCAGCCCGUUUCAUCCCAAGUCACCUCAGUUUUGACUUUUUUCCCUAAUCGGUUUAUAUUUAUUCGAAGUAGUUUUUUUUUAAGGAGUGAAAAUUGGAUAAAAUAAGUGAAUGUUGAGUAAACCCUAACAUAUACAGUACUAAACAGAGUCUACCCCUAAGAAGCCCUGUGUUGAUGCCGGCGGGAUUCGUUUUAUGAGUAGAUACAGUCAGCCCUCGGCAGCCGCAGGUUCUAUGUCCAUGGUUGGUGGAAGCCACGGAUGUGGGGGGCUGGCUGUAGUUGUGUGUUGAUGCCAGUUGUAAGGUAUUACGUUUCAGUGGAUUUUCCACAGUUGUAAACAAUAAAGGCGGUAGAGGCACCGAUUUUCUUCUUGGGCUCCAAGAGGAAGCUGCUUCAUGAACUUUGCUUCAGGCUUGCUGAAAUAGGUAGUUGAAGUAGCAUAUGCCUGGCAUAUGACUUAGAUAUUCCUAAUUUUCUUCUACCACUUUCCCCAAAGUUCCCGAAGUGUGAUAUCACAGGUUAGUACCAGUGAGGAUAUUCAUUUACCAGUAACUUCAGUAUGUCUUUGACUCUAAGAUGUACUUCCCCUCUCCCACAUUUUACCAUCUAUUGUUUUGUUAAUGGGUUAUAAAACAACAGUGGAUUUUAGACAGAACAGUGUAUAAAAAGUUCCUUUGGUCGUUUGUUAGAUAAAGGUCUCAUGUUCUCAUUUCCGUAAUGCCCAUUUUCCUGUUUUCAUACAAGAGAAUUGCUCACCUAUUGGUUAUUGUUCAAAAACUAUGACUGAACCAGGGUUUGACAUUUUGCUUGCAAUAACUAUAUUAUCAUCAUUGUUUCAAAAGGAGGAGUGAAAAAGAUUAUUACCAACAAAACAAAUACCAUUUUAUUUAAUUUUUCUGGCAAACAAACAACUGAGUUGUUCCAUUCCUAAAAUCUUUGCUUUUAGAGAAGAGCUGAAUGUGUAGGAGAAAGGAGGCGACCCCUUUUAGGUAAGUAAGUUG